GCCGCGCUGUGGUUACUCGCUGGGCUGCAGCCUCCGCCUACCCGAGCCUCUCGGGCGAAGAGGUCGCGCCCAUCCUCCAAUUGUGGCCGGUGCUUCAGUCCCUGAUUCUUUGCCUCCAAGCACCAACUCAAACGUGACCGCCUCGGCCACCCGCCUCGGGCCGUGCUCAUUCCUGGGCAAAGCAGGCGAGUCAGGCUCGGCGGGUGCGCGGCACUCAGUCCUGUCCUGGGCGCCGACGCUCUGGCUGCACCCGGAACCCCAAGCUCGAAACUCCGGUUUCCGGCCGGCAGAGGCGCUCAGCGGCCGGAUCCCACGGAGGCGGGCUCGGAGGGCCGGAACCAGGCCGGACCAGAGAUGGCGCCGCCCGCGGGCGGGGCGGUGGCCGGCUCGGACCCAAGCUCUGCCGCAGUGCUCCUGGCUGUGCACGCCGCAGUGAGGCCGCUGGGCUCCGGGCCGGACGCGGAGGCGCAGUUGAGGAGGCUGCAGCUGAGCGCAGACCCCGAGCGGCCGGGGCGCUUCCGGCUGGAGUUGCUGGGCGCGGGCCCCGGGGCGGUCAGUUUGGAGUGGCCCUUGGAGUCUGUGUCCUACACCAUCCGCGGCCCCAUCCAGCAUGAGCUGCAGCCUCCACCAGGAGGGCCUGGAACCCUCAGCCUGCACUUCCUCAACUCUCAGGACGCCCAGCGGUGGGCAGCCCUGGUCCGAGGUACCACCGUGGAGGGACAGAAUGGCAGUGGCAGCUCAACCCCAGCCCUGGGCCCAGAAACAUGCCCCGUUUCCCUGCCCGGCUCCCCUGAAAUCCCGACACUCAAGGCCCCCCAACCUGAGGUGGACCCUCCCCAGAGCCCUGGGGACUUGAUGGAGAAAGACGACCUGGCAAGGCGCCUGGCCCAGGCCAUUGCAGGUGGGGACAAGAAAGGGGCAGCCCAAGCUGCAGCCAUCAUGGCCCAGCAUCAUGUGGCCCUCAAUGUCCAGCUCCAGGAGGCCUGCUUCCCACCUGGUCCCAUCAGGCUGCAGGUCACACUUGAAGAUGCUGCAUCUGCUACAUCCUCUGCAUCCUCUGCUCACGUUGUGCUACAGGUCUACCCCCACUGUACCAUUGCAGCCCUCCAGGAGCAGGUGUUCUCUGAGUUCGGUUUCCCACCAGCUGUGCAGCGCUGGAUCAUAGGGCAGUGCCUGUGUGUGCCUGAGCGCAGCCUUGCUUCCUAUGGGGUAUGGCAAGACGGGGACCCUGCUUUCCUCUACUUGCUUUCAGCCCCUCGAGAAGCCCCAGGAUGCAGCCCUCAGCACCCCCAGAAGAUGGAUGGGGAACUAGAACACUUGUUUCCCGCAUCAGUGGGAGUGCCUCGAGCCCCCCAGCCAGCCACCUCCAGCCUCCCUCAGCCUGGCUGGCCCUGUCCUUCCUGCACCUUCAUCAACACCCCAGGCCGCCCUGGCUGUGAGAUGUGUAGCACCCAAAGGCCCUGCACUUGGGACUCCCUUCCAGCAGCUUCCACCUAGCAGCCCUCAAAGAUUACAGGUCAAGCAGGGCUCUUCCUUCACAGGCCUGAAGUCUCAGCCCACUCCUGAGCUGCUCAGGGGACCACUGCUGACUGCUCACCAGAGACAGAUCCACCAGGUUUGGGGGGAAUGGCCACAAGCUGGAGUCAUUAAAGACACUUAUGAACCA